AUGUCUCUCUCGACUCCAUCUCUCACCCUACAAGCAUCUGCCUUGUCAUUCCUGUCAUUGUCGAUUGGGCACACGCUAUGUGUACUAAUCCCUUUGUUUGUGUUGCAGCUCAGCGGAAAGGAAUGGACCGCCAACAAGGCCUUUAAAUCUAUUUCUGGCUCGCAGCCCUGGGCUUGUGGGACGGUAGGCUGGUACCAGGGAAGUGCAUUCUUCUUUGUGACUGGCCUCCUCCACUACCAAUGGUCUCAAAACUCCGUCGCUUUCCAGGACCCAAUCAACAAGGCCAUUGCGGGCAUCAUCAAUAUCUUGCUCUGGACCAGCUCGGCCUGGUAUGCUAAGUACGGGGUCAAGCAGAAUGCCUGGGCUGUUGGGUUGUCGGCGGCGUUGCAGGCUUGGGGGGUUAUCAAUUCUUUAUGA